AUGUCGUCACUUCCGUUUUGUGCUGCUGUGGCGGGAGAUUCACGCGUUGUCCGGUUUGUUUUUAAACUUGGUUUGUAUUUUUACUAAAUUUUAGUGAUUUUAAGAAUUAAAUAUUAACAAUGGAAAAAACGAAGCAAAACGGUUUUCUUCCCGCGAGCGCAGCUGAAAAUAAAACAAAUUCCGCGGUGCACAUGAGACCAAAUGGCCACCGUGGAGCAGCCGAGGGAUUCCGCUUCAGCCCGGAGCCGAGUCUGGAGGACAUCCGCCGGAUGCAGGGCGAGUUCACGGACGAGCGCGACUGGAAUCAGUUCCACCAACCGCGCAACCUGCUGCUGGCUCUGGUCGGGGAGGUGGGCGAGGUGUCCGAGCUGUUCCAGUGGCGCGGGGAGGUGCCGGAAGGCUUACCGGACUGGACCGAGUCUGAGCGCGAGCAUCUGGCCCAGGAGCUCAGCGACGUGCUCAUCUACCUGGUGGAGCUCGCAGAGAAGUGCCGCGUGGACCUGCCGCAGGCCGUGCUGCGCAAGAUGGCCCUCAACCGGCUCAAAUACCCGGCCAGCAAAGUGCACGGGUCGGCCAAGAAGUACACCGAGUAUCAGGACUGAGGCCAUGGAGCACCGGGGCCUGGAGGUAUCACAGGAUACUUCAGAAAGAUCUCCAGCCAGGAUUUGGUCAUUUGGAGGCAAAUACAGCAACGGUUAUUGAUCAAGCAGUUCAAGACCCAUAGACGUUCUUUGAAUCGCUCGCUUUAUCGAAUGAUCUAAUUUUGUCACCCAGUACCAGUACUGAACCUUCCUCUACACCCAGUACUGAACCACCUUCCUCUCCUUCUCUACACCCAGUACUGAACCACCUUCCUCUCCUUCUCUACACCCAGUACUGAACCACGUUCCUCUCCUUCUCUACACCCAGUACUGAACCACGUUCCUCUCCUUCUCUACACCCAGUACUGAACCACGUUCCUCUCCUUCUCUACACCCAGUACUGAACCACGUUCCUCUCCUUCUCUACACCCAGUACUGAACCACCUUCCUCUCCUUCUCUACACCCAGUACUGAACCACCUUCCUCUCCUUCUCUACACCCAGUACUGAACCACCUUCCUCUCCUUCUCUACACCCAGUACUGAACCACGUUCCUCUCCUUCUCUACACCCAGUACUGAACCACCUUCCUCUCCUUCUCUACACCCAGUACUGAACCACCUUCCUCUCCUUCUCUACACCCAGUACUGAACCACCUUCCUCUCCUUCUCUACACCCAGUACUGAACCACCUUCCUCUCCUUCUCUACACCCAGUACUGAACCACCUUCCUCUCCUCCUCUACACCCAGUACUGAACCACCUUCCUCUCCUCCUCUACACCCAGUACUGAAGCGUCCUCUCCUCCUCUACACCCAGUACUGAAGCGUCCUCUCCUUCUCUACACCCAGUACUGAACCACCUUCCUCUCCUUCUCUACACCCAGUACUGAACCACCUUCCUCUCCUCCUCUACACCCAGUACUGAAGCGUCAUCCUUUCCAUCACUGAUCGAUGGAACCUUCUCUCCAGACAUGCUUGGAAUAAUGACCAUGCACUGAGUACACGCACUUGGCAAAUGUUUUGUGACUCAAGACACAACUAGAUCAGAUUUAAUAUUAGUAACUCAAUCAAUUGAUAAGUCAGGUUUGAUAAAAUUUAAAAAUAAAGAUGCCUGUGAUUUUUGGUGUCUAAGUCCUGACUGUUCCGUAACUUGAUUUGAGUGUUCUUUUAAUUACUUGGUUGCUUCUUUAAGCAUGAUCAGUUGUUAGAUUUUCAGGAAUUUUUCUUUAUGCUGAUUAUUAUUCAUUCUUAAAACUCUUAUUUACAUUUUAUUCUGAAAAUGCAGUGUGCAUUUUUAUUACCACUAAAACUGCUGUGCAAAUUGGCUCAAACAAAGCUGUGUACGUUUUUUCCUUCCCUCUUUCAAUAUGACGUGUUCUGUUGAUACACUAAUGUUAAGGGUUUGUUUUUGUUUGGUUUUUUUUUUAAGAGUAAAUGUGGUCUGUUACACUCGACUCCUUGUGGCUUGCGACUUUUUUGAGCAUGUUUCGCUGCACACUGCAUCUCCCCUGUUUGACGACUUGUGAUAAAAGCGUAAUAAGGCUGGAGUGUGAAACGUGCUCCUUGCAUGACACAGUAAUGAUCACUUCCAUUUAAACAGAAAGAUCUCGACCUCCUCAGUGAGACUUCAGUGAUGCUUUUUACUCUUCUUUCUCAGUUUCAACCCUUCCAUUUGUGUAGUGAUUUACACCAGAUGUUACAGGGCAUGUUUUCCAAUUCAGCAUGGUAGUAAUUAAAAUUCACUGUGCUGAA